AUGUCGCGGUUGGUGAAGCACUACAGCUCCUGCAAGACGGCGUUUUUCUGCUGCGAUAUCCAAGAGAAGUUGGUGCCGCUUGUGGCAAACUUCGACAACUGUGCUUUUGUCGCCAACCGCUUUGCCGCACUGCACACUGCCCUGGGCCCGGCGCACAGCCUGUACGUCGUGGCGGAGCAGUACCCGAAGGGACUGGGGCCGACGGCGGCGGGCAUCCAACUCCCCACAGACGCACACGUCUUCCCCAAGUUGCAAAGCCCGAUGCUGGUGCCGGAGGUAACGGCCCUGGUUGACGUGCCGGAGGUGGAGCAGGUCGUGCUGUGGGGCGCCGAGACGCACGUGUGUGUGCUGCAGACCGCCGCGGCGCUGCUGGAACUGAACAAGAAGGUCGCCAUUGCGCUGGACGGCUGCGGCAGCCAGAAGGAGGGGGACCAUCGCACCGCCAUUCAGCUGCUGCAGUCGUGGUCGCGCGACGGGUGUUACGUCUCCACGUCGGAGUCUAUCCUGAUGCAGCUGCUGCAGGACGCGGGGGAUCCCUUGUUUAAGACCGUCGCGCCGAUCAUGAAGCAGAAGCAUCCAAAGCCUUUCUGA